CAGGCGCGGGGCCAGGCUGCUCGCAGUGACUGCAGCAGCGGAGGUGGAAGCAGCAGCAGCAGCAGCAGCGAGCUCAGCCAGGGCUCGCACCCUCGGUGGCAGGAGCACCAACAUCCCUUGGGCCGUAGCGACCUCGAGGCGGACUCCGCAGCCAUGCCUGUGACCGAGAAGGACUUGGCGGACGACGCGCCCUGGAAGCGGAUUCAGCAAAACACCUUCACCCGUUGGUGCAACGAGCACCUCCGCUGCGUGAACAAGCGUAUCGGCAACCUGCAGUUCGACCUGAGUGACGGGCUGCGCCUCAUCGCCCUGCUGGAGGUACUCAGCCAGAAGCGCAUGUACCGCAAGUACCACCAGAGACCCACUUUCCGGCAGAUGCAGCUGGAAAACGUCUCGGUGGCGCUCGAGUUCCUGGAAAAGGAGAAUAUCAAGCUGGUCUCCAUCGAUAGUAAAGCUAUUGUUGAUGGAAACUUGAAGCUAAUCCUAGGGUUAGUAUGGACCCUUAUCCUCCAUUAUUCAAUCUCUAUGCCGGUGUGGGAAGAUGAAGGAGAUGAUGAUGCCAAGAAACAAACACCUAAACAGAGACUCUUGGGAUGGAUUCAGAACAAAAUUCCAUAUCUCCCAAUAACAAACUUCAACCAAAAUUGGCAAGAUGGCAAAGCACUAGGUGCCCUGGUUGACAGCUGUGCUCCAGGUCUCUGCCCAGACUGGGAAAGUUGGGAUCCUAAGAAGCCUGUUAAUAAUGCUCGUGAAGCUAUGCAGCAAGCAGAUGACUGGUUAGGUGUCCCUCAGGUCAUCACUCCUGAAGAAAUCAUACAUCCUGAUGUGGAUGAACACUCUGUAAUGACCUAUUUGUCACAGUUCCCCAAAGCAAAGCUGAAACCAGGUGCUCCUUUGAAACCUAAACUUAAUCCAAAAAAGGCAAGAGCAUAUGGCAAAGGAAUUGAACCUCAAGGAAAUAUGGUCAAGCAACCUGCCAACUUCACAGUCGAUACUAUAAGUGCUGGUCAAGGUGAAGUAAUGGUUUUUGUAGAAGAUCCAGAAGGAAACAGAGAAGAGGCCAAAGUGACGCCUGACAAUGACAAGAACAAGACAUUUGCUGUUCAAUACCUGCCAAAAGUUACAGGUCUUCACAAGGUUACAGUUCUGUUUGCUGGCCAGCAUAUUUCAAAGAGUCCCUUUGAAGUAAAUGUUGAUAAAGCCCAGGGAGAUGCCAGUAAAGUAACAGCCAAAGGUCCAGGCUUGGAAAUAACAGGAAAUAUAGCUAAUAAAUCUACUUACUUUGACAUUUACACAGCAGGUGCUGGUGUUGGUGAGAUAGGUGUAGAGGUUGAAGAUCCUCAAGGAACAAACAUUGCUGAGGUUAUGGUAGAAGACAAAGGGAAUCAAGUUUAUCGCUGUGUUUAUAAGCCUCUUCAAGCUGGUCCUCACACUGUAAAAGUUGUAUUUGCUGGAGAGCAUGUUCCAAAAAGUCCUUGGGGUAUUCUUGUUGGUGAAGCCUGCAAUCCAAAUGCCUGCCGUGCCAGUGGUAGGGGCCUCCAACCCAAAGGAGUUAGGAUCAGAGAAACCGCAUACUUCAAGGUUGAUACUAAAGCCGCAGGGAGUGGAGAUAUCCAUGUGGCAAUAAAAGGACCAAAAGGCUUGGAGGAACUUGUAAAACAAAAGGAAUUCAUGGAUGGAGUAUAUGCAUUUGAAUACUACCCAGUAACUCCAGGGAAAUACAUUGUCACAAUUUCUUGGGGUGGUCACAACAUCCCAAAAAGCCCAUUUGAGGUGCAAGUAGGUCCUGAAGCUGGUCCUCAGAAAGUAAGAGCUUGGGGGCCAGGCCUUCAUGAAGGAGUUGUUGGUAAAUCAGCAGACUUUGUUGUAGAAUCCAUCGGUCCGGAAGUUGGAUCCCUAGGCUUUGCCAUUGAAGGCCCAUCUCAAGCAAAAAUUGAAUGUGAUGAUCAGAAUGAUGGCUCAUGUGAUGUGAAAUAUUGGCCCAAAGAGCCUGGUGAAUAUGCUGUUCACAUUAUGUGUGAUGAUGAAGACAUCAAAGACAGCCCCUACAUGGCAUUCAUCCAGCCGGCAUCUCUAGACUUCGACUCUGACAAGGUAAAAGCUUAUGGCCCAGGACUUGAAAGAACUGGCUGCAUUGUGAACAAUCCUGCAGACUUUGUAGUUGAUACAAAGGAAGCUGGGGAUGCUCCUCUGAAGAUAUAUGCACAAGAUGCUGAUGGAAAUCCUAUUGAUAUCCAGAUGAGGAGCAAGCCUGAUGGCAUCUAUGCCUGCUCUUACAUCCCAACAAAACCAAUCAAACAUACCAUUGCUAUUACUUGGGGAGGAGCAAAUGUCCCUAACAGUCCUUGCAGAGUCCAGAUUGGGCAAGGCAGUCAUCCUCAGAAGGUGAAAGUUACUGGACCAGGGGUGGCAAGAAAUGGUCUGAAAGCUAACGAACCUACUCAUUUCACUGUGGACUGUACAGAAGCAGGCGAAGGUGAUGUGAGUGUGGGCAUCAAGUGUGAUGCUCAUGUAAUAAAUGAAGAAGAGCAAGAUAUAGACUUCGGCAUCAUACAUAAUGCUAAUGAUACAUUUACAGUGAAAUACACCCCUCCUGCUGCUGGGCGCUAUACUGUCAAAGUGCUGUUUGCUGGAGAGGAAAUUCCUACAAGCCCUUUCAGAGUGAAAGUAGAACCCUCACAUGAUGCAAGCAAGGUGAAAGCUGAAGGGCCUGGACUAAGUAAAACAGGUGUGGAAAAUGGGAAGCCCACGCACUUCACUGUGUUCACAAAAGGUGCUGGAAAAGCCCCUCUGGAUGUUCAGUUCAGUGGGCCAAUGGAAGGAGAUGCUGUCAAAGAUUUGGACUUCAUUGACAACUAUGAUUAUUCCCACACUGUAAAAUACACUCCAAUACAGCAGGGUAACAUGAACAUUCAGGUGAAGUAUGGUGGUGAUCCUGUUCCUGGAAGUCCUUUCACUGUGGGUGUUGCUGCACCACUUGACUUGAGUAAAGUUAAAAUCAGUGGCCUGGAAAGCAGAGCCGAAGUAGGGAAAGAUCAAGAAUUUCUCAUUGACACGAAAGGAGCUGGUGGGCAGGGUAAACUUGAUGUGGCCAUAGUCUCCCCAACCCAGAAAAUUUUACCAUGCUUAGUAGAACCUGUCAUUGGAAAAGAGUGUAGUAGUGUAAAGUAUAUUCCAAAAGAAGAAGGACUUCAUGCCAUUGAUGUGAAUUAUGAUGGGAAUCCAGUCCUGGGAAGCCCUUAUACUGUAGAAGCCACUUUACCACCAGAUCCUUCUAAGGUGAGAGCUUAUGGGCCAGGCCUCCGGGAAGGGCUUGUUGGAAAACCCGCAGAAUUCACAAUAGACACCAAAGGAGCUGGAACUGGUGGUCUGGGUUUGACAGUAGAAGGACCAUGUGAAGCCAAAAUAGAGUGCUCUGAUAAUGGAGAUGGAACAUGUUCAGUCUCCUACUUACCUACAAAACCAGGUGAAUACCUGGUGAACAUUCUUUUUGAGGAAGUCCAUAUUCCUGGCUCUCCUUUCAAAGCUGACAUUGAAAUGCCAUUUGAUGUUUCAAAAGUGCUUGCCACAGGUCCUGGACUUCAACAUGGCAAAGUGGGUGAAGCUGGAUUGCUUAAUGUGGAUUGUUCAAAAGCUGGACCUGGGAAACUGGAUAUGGAAGCUGUGUCUGAUUCUGGUUCUAAAGCUGAUGUUGAGGUUAAAGAUAAUAAAGAUGGAACUUAUACAGUUACAUACGUGCCCCUUAUCGCUGGGAUACACACACUCAAGAUGAAAUAUGGUGGAGAACCAGUGCCAAAUUUUCCGGCACGUGUCAAAGUUGAUCCUGCCAUAGACACAAGCAAGGUUCAAGUGUUUGGACCAGGAAUUGAAGGGAAAGAUGUCUUCCGUGAGGCAACAACAGAUUUUACUGUUGAUGCUAGCCCCUUGACCAAAACUGGUGGAGACCAUAUCAAAGCCCAAAUUGCAAAUCCCUCUGGAGCUUCCACAGAUUGCCUCAUCAAAGACAAUGCUGAUGGCACAUAUGCAGUAGAGUUUACUCCAUUUGAAAGAGGUCCUCAUACAGUUGAAGUGACUUAUGAUGAUGUUCCUGUUCCAAAUAGUCCAUUCAGAGUUGAUGUCACAGAAGGAUGUCAUCCUUCACGUGUUGUGGCCCAAGGAACUGGGUUACAAGAAGGCUUCACAAAUAAACCCAACCCAUUUACUGUUGUUACUCGAGGGGCUGGAAUUGGUGGCCUUGGAAUAACGGUUGAAGGACCUUCAGAAUCUAAAAUAAGCUGUAAAGAUAACAAGGAUGGCAGCUGUAGUGCAGAAUAUAUUCCAUAUGUACCAGGAGAUUAUGAUGUCAACAUAACUUAUGGGGGUGAACAUGUUCCUGGUAGCCCAUUUAAAGUUCCUGUAAAAGAUGUCAUUGACCCCAGCAAGGUGAAAGUGGCAGGACCAGGUUUGGGGACAGCUGUGCGUGCCAGAAUUCCUCAGGUCUUUACUGUGGAUACUAGCAAAGCUGGAGUAGCACCACUUGAAGUUACAGUGGCAGGACCCAGAGCUGAUGAGCCGGAUUCCCAGUCAUGGCGCAGUCCAUUGAAAACACUUUCACAGUUCUUUAGAGGUGACCUACAGGGUGACUCUAAUGAGACAGGCUUGGCAGAACCUGUGAAUAUAACUGACAAUGGUGAUGGAACUCACACAGUAGCAUACACCCCUACGCAAGAAGGCCCCUACGCAAUUGCAGUUAAAUAUGCGGAUGAAGAAAUUCCUAGAAGCCCAUUCAAACUGAAAGUGCUUCCAACGUAUGAUGCCAGUAAAGUGACAGCUAGUGGGCCUGGCCUUGUCUCCCAUGGGAUUCCAGCCAGCAUACCUGCGGAAUUUGUUGUGGAUGCUAAAGAUGCAGGCCAAGGACCUCUCUCAGUACACAUAGCAGAUCAAGAAGGCAAACCAAAGAGGGCAGAUAUUCAUGACAACCAAGAUGGCACAUAUGCAGUAACGUAUAUCCCUGACAAGACUGGUCGUUAUUCUGUGGGCAUUAAAUAUGGUGGGGAUGAUAUACCUCUUUCUCCAUAUCGAAUUCGUGUAUCACCAGCAGGAGAUGCAAGCAAAUGUCUAGCAACAGGCCCUGGCAUUGCAGCAACAGUGAAGACUGCUGAAGAAGUUGGCUUUGUUGUAGAUGCUAAAUCCGCAGGCAAGGGUAAAGUGACCUGUACGAUCCUGACACCAGAUGGCACAGAAACUGAAGCAGAGGUCAUUGAAAAUGAAGAUGGAACAUAUGACAUCUAUUACACAGCUGCUAAACCAGGAACCUACGUGAUUUAUGUCCGCUUUGGUGGAGUGGAUAUUCCAAAUAGCCCCUUCACUGUCAUGGCCACAGAUGCAGAUGAAGUUGCAGUAUUGUCUCAGGAGCCACUAAAUGCAGCCUGUCCCCCUGGAUUCCAUCCCUGGGUCACAGAAGAAGCAUAUGUACCUGAUGGUGAUGUGAAUGGUGUAGGCUUUAAGCCCUUUGAUGUGGUCAUUCCUUUUGCAGUAAGAAAAGGGGAAAUUACUGGGGAAGUCUACAUGCCUUCAGGAAAGACUGCAACACCUGAAAUUGUGGAUAACAAGGAUGGCACAGUUACAGUUAGAUAUGCUCCUGUUGAAGUUGGGUUACAUGAAAUGCAUAUCAAAUACAUGGGUAACCAUAUUCCAGAGAGCCCUUUACAGUUCUAUGUGAACUAUCCAAAUAGUGGAAAUGUGACUGCUUAUGGACCUGGCCUUGUUUAUGGUGUAGCAAACAAGCCAGCAACCUUCACCAUAGUCACAGAGGAUGCUGGCGAAGGUGGCCUGGAUUUGGCAAUUGAAGGUCCUUCAAAAGCUGAGAUCAGCUGCAUUGAUAACAAGGAUGGCACUUGCACAGUCACUUACCUGCCAACACUUCCAGGAAACUACAGCAUAUUAGUGAAAUACAAUGAUAAACAUAUCCCAGGGAGCCCGUUCAUUGCUAAAAUCACAGAUGACAGUAGGAGGCGAUCCCAAGUUAAACUUGGCUCUGCUGCUGACUUCUUGCUAGACAUUAAUGAGACUGAUCUUAGCCUCUUGUCAGCCAGUAUUAAAGCCCCAUCUGGCAGAGAUGAACCUUGUCUUCUGAAAAGACUGCCAAAUAACCACAUUGGUAUCUCAUUCAUUCCUCGAGAGGUGGGAGAACAUUUGGUUAGCAUAAUGAAGAACGGAAGUCAUGUUCCCAACAGUCCAGUGUCCAUUAUGGUAGUUCAGUCUGAGAUAGGUGAUGCAAGUAGAGCAAGAGUUUCUGGUCGUGGCUUGGUUGAAGGACGCACUUUUGAAAUGUGUGACUUCAUUGUUGAUACAAGAGAUGCAGGAUAUGGUGGAAUAUCACUGGCAGUUGAAGGACCUAGCAAAGUGGACAUCCAGACAGAAGAUCUAGAUGAUGGAACUUGCAGAGUGUCAUACUUUCCAACUGUGCCUGGUGUUUACAUAGUGUCAACUAAGUUUGCUGAUGAACAUAUCCCAGGCAGCCCAUUUACUGUGAAAAUAAGUGGUGAAGGCAGGGUCAAGGAAAGUAUCACACGUACCAGGCGAGCUCCCUCUGUAGCCACUGUUGGAAGUUUGUGUGAUCUUAACUUAAAAAUUCCAGAAAUUGAUAUAGGUGAUAUGUCAUCCCAAGUAACCAGCCCAUCAGGAAGGAUUACCGAGGCAGAAAUUGUGGAGCAUGACAAAAACACAUACUGUGUCCGCUUUGUGCCACAAGAAAUGGGAGUCCACACAGUGGCUGUGAAAUACAGAGGGCAACAUGUGCCCGGCAGUCCAUUCCAGUUCACAGUUGGACCUCUUGGUGAAGGAGGAGCCAGUAAAGUCAGAGCUGGUGGUCCAGGACUUGAAAGAGCAGAGGCUGGCAUCCCAGCUGAGUUUAGCAUAUGGACAAGAGAAGCAGGAGCUGGUGGUCUUUCCAUUUCAGUGGAAGGGCCAAGUAAGGCAGAAAUUGUUUUUGAAGACCACAAAGAUGGAUCUUGUGGUGUGUCCUAUACUGCUCAAGAGCCUGGUAACUAUGAGGUGUCCAUCAAAUUUAAUGAUGAGCAAAUUCCUGAAAGUCCGUACCUGGUUCCUGUGAUAGCGCCUUCAGAUGAUGCUCGUAGGCUUACUGUUAUGAGCCUUCAGGAAUCUGGGUUAAAAGUUAACCAGCCAGCAGCCUUUGCCAUAAGGCUUAAUGGGGCAAAGGGCAAGAUUGAUGCUAAAGUGCACAGCCCCAUUGGAGCAGUAGAAGAGUGCCAUGUUUCUGAGUUGGAGCAAGAUAAAUAUGCUGUCCGGUUCAUUCCACGUGAAAAUGGCAUUCAUUCAAUAGAUGUGAAAUUCAAUGGGAGCCAUGUUGUAGGCAGUCCUUUUAAAAUUAGAGUAGGGGAACCAGGUCUUGUGGAUAGUCCAGCUCUCGUUACUGCUUAUGGACCAGGCCUGGAGAGUGGCACAACAGGUUUACAAUCUAUAUUUACUAUAGACACCACAAAAGCUGGUCCUGGUACUCUCGCUGUUACAAUUGAGGGGCCGUCAAAGGUGAAAAUGGAUUGCCAAGAAGCUCCAGAGGGGUAUAAUGUAAUGUAUACGCCGAUGGCUCCAGGAAACUACUUAAUUGGAAUUAAAUAUGGAGGGCCUAAUCAUAUUGCUGGUAGUCCUUUCAAAGCAAAAGUGACAGGUCAGCGGCUGGUUAGCCCAGGCAUCUCAAAUGAAACAUCUUCUAUUAUGGUGGAAUCUGUGACUAGAUCAGCAACAGAUACCUUCUACAGGGCCAUUCCCAAGUCAUCGUCUGAUGCAAGCAAAGUUCUUGCUAGGGGUGCAGGGCUUUCUAGAGCCUUCAUGGGCCAGAAAAAUUCUUUCUCUGUGGAUUGCAGCAGAGCAGGUUCGAAUAUGCUGUUAGUUGGUGUCCAUGGACCUACAACACCUUGUGAAGAAGUAUCUGUGAAACACUUGGGAAACCACCAGUACAAUGUAACAUAUGUUGUCAAGGAAAAAGGUGACUACCUACUAGCUGUGAAGUGGGGUGAAGAACACAUUCCUGGAAGUCCAUUCCAUGUUACUGUUCCAUAGAUUCAUCUUAUUUCAGUAGCUUCUUCUGUUCUUAAGGGAAACCUUACAUGUAAUACUGUGAGCAGUCCUGUGACCAAUGUAUACAGAUCACUUUUAAUGAAACCCAAAUUAAAUAUAUUUUAAAGUUGUUCUUUGUCUUAAGCAUCUCUGAUAUGCCUUGUAAAUUCAUUGUCCACUUUAGUUUGUACUGUUCUGAAUCAAAACACAAUCAUGGAAUAAAGUAGGGCACUAUGGGUUUGUUUUUUUUUUGGUGGAUUCUGGAAUUUACAUGUUAAACUGGAAUUUGUCUUGGAUAAAUUGGUAUCUUAAACUACUGACUUGCAAUAGGUUUUGUUUUUGAAUUGGAAACAUUUUACUUUGUUGUAGAAUAUCACUAUGACUGUUGCCAGUUAAAAUUCUUCUGUAAAGACAUUAGAUGAAACACCCUGGUACUUAAUGUGCCCUUACGUACUUGAUAGACUUUUUAUAGCUAAUAGUGAAAACUGAAAUUAGUGUUAUCUUUAAACACUAAAACAAUUUGCAUAAUGGUUGGCUGUUUACAUUUGGGGGAAAAUUGAUUUUUUAUUUCUUUGAAGGAAACUAGAUGGGGGUCUUAAGCUAUUCUGGAAGACUUCGUCACUGAUGCUUUACGCAGGUCAUGGUAAUGGGUGGUGUAACUGUGAUUGUCAUGAGCAAUAGAAUGCCAAAUUAAGUCAAUAUUCUAGCAAAGGUGCACAUUGCUGGGUGCUUGAAGCUGUGAUGGAUUGUAUACAAUCACAGUUAUUCCAGCUGUUUCUGUAUACAGUAAUUUAAGUGUCUCUGACUUCCUUGUAGUAAUGCCUGUUAAUGUUGAGGUGGAGGCUAAUCUAGGCAGUUGACUAUUAUGUGAAACUUUGAAUGAUUCUACUAAUCAACAGUGCAAAUUAAAACUGAUUGAAAGAGUUUGGUUGAGGGGGUUUGUGAACAAAUCCUCUUAAUUGUUGUUGGACAAGAAAAGAGCAUUAUGACCAUUCUGGUUUUCAAAAAUGACGAAAAGUUUAAAAAUAUCUUCCAAAUAUUGAAGUAAAUGGUUUCAAAAAGCCUCUGGGGCUUUUUUUAGCAGAGUUUUUUUUUUCUUAAGAGCUUUAAAUGUGCUUGAUGGAGGAAUACACUUAAUGGAAGUAAUUUAGUUCUUUUCCCUCUGUUUAGCAAAAGAUUUCUACUUGGUAAGCUUUAUUUUUGUAGUUUUAUAUCAAUGCACUAAGUCUGAGCACAGCUUCUUGGAAAGGAAAUGGAAUAACCAGAUUUUUUUUUUUAACUGGACUGUGUGCCUUAAUGUGAAAUGCUCACUACAUUGUAAACUAUCAGAAAAGCAAAAUAAACUGGAAUAAAUGUAAUAUUGUAUCUCAUAACUUAUUAAAAACCAUGAAUGUUUGCUUCAAGAAAUAAAAUGUGCAUGUUAAAAAGCAA